UUGAGUGUGAACGAAAAAUUCUUCCACAAAUUCUUUUUUUCGUAAUUUUUUAAUUUUUCCUUCUUUAAAAAGCCACAUACCUACGUUAUCUAUAAAACAUUUUUCUUCGUUAAGUGAUUUGCGUUUAUCUGGUGGCGUAAAUAGGUAUAGUCAAUCAUUUGUGCUGAUGUUAUUGUUGUUAAAAGAGCUUACGUGAAAUUAGUAUUGAGAGCGUUAAUCAAAACAAUAAACUUACAAACAAACAUACAUAAGUGCAGUGGAGCAGAUUUGUAUUGGAGCGGGUAUCUUACAAAGAUGUCUGCAAGUGCGGAGAGCGCCAUCUAUAUGUCGACCUUGGAGCUUCGGCCAGAGCAUGUAUUGUAUGCGCGUGUACGCAAGCUUACUGAGUUUUAUUGCAGCCAGUUUGGACAGGAACCGGAAUUUUUCGUUCGCAUGCCUGGACGCGUCAACAUAAUCGGCGAGCAUGUGGACUAUUGUGGCUACCCAGUUCUGCCUAUGGCUAUUGAGCAGUGCAUCCUGUUGGCUGUCGGAUAUAAUGCGGAGCAUACAUUUCUUCAACUGCGAAACGUCGAAUCCACACAAUACGAGAACUUCAAAUGCGAUUUGAAUGCCCUAAGCAUUGAUUUGCCCGCGCUUGGCAGCCCGAAAUGGUAUAACUACUAUCUGUGCGGUGUGAAAGGCGUCUGCGAGCAAAUUCAACAGUCAAAUAAUAAACCAUUCAUUCCUAUCGGCAUGACAAUCGCGCUCAGCGGUAACAUACCACCGGCUUCGGGUUUGAGCAGCUCCAGUGCAUUGGUUAGUGCCGCUGUACUCGCCACGGCAUAUGUACACCAGUUGCCUUUGCAUCGCAAGCAGUUGGCCUCCAUAUCGGCGCGUUGUGAACGCUACAUUGGCACACAGGGUGGGGGUAUGGAUCAAGCCAUCGCCUACUUGGCCAGUGCUGGUUGUGCGCAAUUCAUUGAAUUCCAUCCAGAGCUUAAUGCAACACCUGUACAGUUGUCGGCGGGCGUAUGCUUCAUAGUGGCCAACAGUUUAGCGGCAAAGAACAAAGCUGCUUCAUCGGAUUUCAAUGAGCGAGUUGUGGAAUGUCGGCUGGCGACGCGCAUUCUUGCAAAACAUGCCAAGCUCAGCAAUUGGCGCGGAAUGACUCGCUUUGUGCAAUUGCAAGAAUCGUUACAGUGCACGCUCGGUGAGUUGGAAGAAUUGGUGGUGAAAUGGUUGCCACAAGAUAUUUACACGCGUGCUGAGUUGUGUGCACGCGAGCUGCAGGUCAGCAAUGAUGAAUUCGAGGAAGAAUUUCUUACCGCCAAUACACAGCAAAUGACGCAGUUCAAGCUGAGGCAACGCGCCCUUCAUGUCAUACAGGAGUCGCUGCGUGUUGCGAAAUUUCGUGGAAUUUGCGAGCAAACAACAAACAACGCCAUCGAAAUGGAUAUUGAAAAUCAGCAUUCCCAUCCACAUAUCAACAAUGGUGUGAACGGCGUUAACGGAAAGCUGAAUUUAAACAGUACCAAAGAAAUAAGUGAUGAAGAAAAGCAAAUAGAUGCGAUGAAACGUUUUACAGCGAUGUCACAAUUGAUGCGUCAAUCACAUCAAAGCCUCAAGGAGUUGUACGAGUGCUCACACGUUGAUCUGGACCGAUUGAUUGCCUUAUCCGAUGCGUUCGGUGUGGGGGCACGGCUCACCGGAGCUGGUUGGGGUGGCUGCAUUGUCGCUUGCUGUGAGUCCCUCGAAGCUUCAACAAAAUAUAUACAAAUGCUUAAAGAUAAAUAUUUUAAGCUACUCCCGGCACAUUUAGUGGAACGCUAUGGGGCUAAUGACUUUAAUGAUGUAGUAUUUGCGACAUUUCCUGCAAAUGGCGCGGAAAUUUUUAAACUGAAAUGUGCGUGAUUCUCAAAAAUGCUUGCUUUUUUUUAAAUAUUUGCCAAAAUCUUGCUGAAAUAGUUUACAUAUUAAAAUAUUAUAGCUAUGAAUUUUAUAAUCCCUCAUAAUAGACCUACAAUUAGAGUUAUUACAUAAUAAAUUGACUUGCUGGUGGUUAACAGCAGAAGCCAUUAUUUACUGUUACUUUAAUGGAAACGAAUUCGUAUCUAUGUAGUUGAAUUUUAAUAAAUAUUAUAAAGUAAAU